AUAAUAUGUUUAAUAUUUUUUAUAGUAGAAACGCGAACUAGUUGUUUAUUUGAAAAAGACUAGAGAAAUGGAUAAAGAAAAAGUCUCCCAGAAUUUUCGUUCAGCAGUUGGGGGUUCUGACCCUAUUGAUGGAAUUUUAAUAUUCUUAUGCCGCGAAGAAACGGUUAAGAAAAUAUCAAAGCACUGGCACUAUGUUGGCUUAGGAUUAAGCGAUAUACAUUCCACAGAAAAAUCACAAACUGAGAAAACAAGUUUAGAGCUAACUUUUCGUUUGAAAUAUGCUGAGGAAAGUCAACCACCUGUUUGGCCAUUAAAUAUUCUUUACAGUUUAUCCGAAUAUAUGUUAGAAAGUGGAAAUUUAAUCCGGGUUGGUGAUCAUAUUCCGUGGAAAAGAAGUAUUGAUCCAAUAAAUCCUAAUAGUCGAAUUAGAAACUUCAUAGUAGCCGAAGACCCUAUUUUAAAAACAUUGAAUCUACCUUCGGGACCAAUGCAGUUUCGGCAAUUAGUAGGAAUUACUGAUGAUGAAUUAAGAGCAGCCCAAAACUACAAGGGGAAAAGCUUAUUAACUAUGUUAACGCAAGAUCAAAGUUUAAGUGGCGCACAUUUGAUUACGGAUGUAUUAAGAAAUGUUUCAAUUUUUGAAACUAACCCCAAAUAUGGUCAGGUUCUACAAUCGUUAAUUGAUAAUGAAGGUUCAAAAUUUGCUCAUGUAUCCGCGAAUUGCCGAUGGAUUGAUACAAUUGGGAGCUCCCACUUAGAAGCAUUUAACUGCGCCACUGAUGACGAAGACGACGAAAUAGAAAAUUUAUUAGAGGAAGUCAAAAUAGAAUUUGAUCCUUCAGCUGCUCAAUUAUUGCCUAAUAUCGUUGCUAGGGGAAGACUACCAUUUCAAAAAUAUUUAGCGUUCCAAAGUCUCCAAGGUCAAGUAAUCGUUUUUAUACCGGAAAAUUUAAAGUCUAAAUCUCAAACGUGUAUAGUUUCCAAAUCCCGUAGAUUAUGCUCAAGUGGUAAAACUUUACAAAUAUAUUGCGAUAAAGAAUUCAUUAACCAGCUAUCAACAAAGCUUGAUAGUUUAAGCAAUUCAGAACUAUCAGAAUUGAAGUUUCCAAUGCAUUUUAACUUGGAUAAUCCAAACGUAGCAAUAGAAGUCCUUCCCACCAGAUAUUUCCUUGGGAUUGUUGAAACUACCUUUUAG